AUGGGGCUGGGGCAGUGCCUGGCAGCCGCCUUCCUCCUCCUCCUGGGCUUGAGCGCAGGUCAGCGGGUGGUGACUGUUCAGAAGGGACCCCUCUACCGUGUGAGGGGGUCCCACGUCACGCUGUGGUGCAAGGUGAGCGGCUACCAGGGCCCGUCGGAGCAGAACUUCCAGUGGUCCAUCUACCUGCCCUCGGCCCCGGAGCGGGAGGUGCAGAUCGUCAGCACCGUCGACCCGUCCUUCCCCUACGCCAUCUACACCCAGCGCGUGCGCAGCCGCGGCAUCUACGUGGAGCGGGUGCAGGGGGACGCCGUCCUGCUGCACAUCACCGACCUGCAGGACCGGGACGCCGGCGAGUACGAGUGCCACACGCCCAACACCGACGAGAGGUACUUCGGGAGUUACAGCGCCAAGAUGAACCUCGUGGUGAUCGCAGACACCCUCUCUGCUUCCAUGGCACCGCAGGUCCUCACCCGCACCGAAGGGGAAGCGGUGGAGCUCACCUGUGAGGUGUCCAAGUUCACUGCCCAGCACACGCAUCUCUCAGUUGGCUGGUACCAUCUUCAUGGAGCAGGAGAGCACCACACUGAGGAGGUCCUCACCCUCUCCAAGGACUUUGUCUUGAAGCCAGGGCCCUCUUACACACAGAGGUUUCUGUCGGGAAAUGUGCGGCUGAACAAGGUUGGGAACACCACGUACAAGCUCUCCAUCGCAGGAGCGGAACCCUCUGACCAGGGGCAGCUGUACUGCGAGGCAGCUGAGUGGAUUGAGGAUCCUGAUGGGAUGUGGAAGGACAUCUCCCGCAAGCAAACGGGGACGACAUCGCUGGUGAUCAUGAGCCUGGGUAGAAACAUCUCCGUGGACAUUGCUGCUGCUGCAAGUUCCCUUUCUGAAGGUGAUGCCUUGCAGCUAAAGUGCAUGGUGGGAGCCAAGAAGAGCAACAGCAGGCACUUUCAAGUGCGUUGGCUCCUCAACGGCGUGGAAGUGGCCAGGGUUGACCCCCAUGGGGUAUUGAGUUUGGAGGGAGAAUAUGAGGAGAGAGUGAAGCUGGGGCGGCUCCAAGCGUUCAAGCAAAGCAACACGUUUUAUGUCCUCACCAUCUAUGAGGUGGGGCUGAAGGACAACGGCACAUACUGCUGCUCUGUUUCGGAGGUGAAGACUCCUGGAGACGUUCAUAGCAUCCACACCACUCUGUCAUCAGGCAUCCAAGUCAAUGUGAAGCAGAGAGAGAGCCGGAUGCGCGUGUCCGUGUCCACCAGCACACCACGGGUCGUGGCAGGAGAUGCCCUGAUCCUGCUUUGUGAGGUGCAAGGAGCCACCAGCCCUGUGUUGGUGAAGUGGUGGCACCUGCCACCGCACCACCCGGGUCCUAGGGAGCUGGUGGCCACCAUGGAGCAAGAUGGCACCCUGAGCCUGGGCAGUGCCUACCGGGACAGUGGGAUUCGGGGGAGCCUCCGGCUGGAGAAAGCGAGCUCUGGUGCUUUCACCCUGGUGAUUCCCAACACGUUGGAUGAGGAUGAUGGCGGGCGGUAUGGCUGUGAAGUGACAGAGAGGUCCCGAGGCCAGAGCUGGACAAAGCAGGGGGAGACAGCAGUGACAGUGAGCUCCAUGGGUCUUGGUCUGCACACCACGCUGAGAAGCCGAACUGCCACUGUCAAAUACGGGCAGAGUUUUGAACUCAUCUGCCAAGUGAGCGCUAACUAUACCCUCAAGGAGGUACCAGUGUCUGUAAAGUGGUUCUUCCAGCCCAGCGUGCCCGGUGGCCACUACCACGAGCUGGACCACAGCACCCUGGCCUGUGGGACUUCACAGCCACACUUCCAGGGGAAAGCCUUGUUGACGAAGGCUGACGCAUCCUUCAGGCUGCACAUCCACAGUGCGGCGCCUGCCAACAACGGGACGUACCGGUGUGAGGUGGAGGUCUGGAGGAGGAGCACCCUGCUGUUGGGGCUGCCAGCAGCCACCACCAGGUCCAAUCCUGUGGGGAUAAAGGUGGUGCUGCCAGAAAGCAAGCUUCGGGUGGCUGCAGAAGAUCACUCUGUGGAGAUUGCUGGUGGUGCUGAUACAGCCAUUGAGUGCAGAAUCGUGUUUGCCCACAAUACUUCUCAGCUUGCUGUUACCUGGUACCUCCUGCCUCCUCCUCCAGCAGAUGCAUCUCCCAUGCAAAUCAUAAGGGCUGACUACAGCGGUACACUGAAAUACGGGGCUGAGUUCAGCUCUCCUCUACAGAAGUCCCGGUUCCUCAGCCAGAGGGUGUCCAACAAUGUUUUCUGGCUGCAUAUACUCUCUGCAGACCCCAGGGACCAGGGCAGGUACUACUGUGUGGUUGAGGAAUGGCACUGGCUUGCAGGCCACUGGUACAAACUUGGAGAGGAAGCAUCAGGAAGGACCACGCUGGAGUUCAAGCUCCCAGGGCACGAACUGCAGCUGGAGAAAACCAACCGCAGCAUCUCGGCCAGGGAGGGAGAGGAGGUGACGCUGCGCUGCCUGCUGCUGGGUGCCCGCCUGCCCGACACCCGCCUCUCGGCCACAUGGUUUAGGGGCAACGAGAGCAGCCACAUCAGGCCCCUGCUCACUCUCCACCGCGACGGCUCCGUCGAGUACCCCCUGGAGAGCCUGGCAGGGAGGCUGCACCUCCGCCGCCCCGCUGCCAACGACUUCAGCUUGACACUGCGCAGCGUGGAGGAGGGCGAUGCUGGGCUGUACCACUGCUGGGUGCAGGAGUGGCAGCAGCAGGAAG